AUAAAGAUUUUAAAUUGACACCAUAUAUGGUAUCAGAUCAGAAUAAAGAUCAAGUUUCUUUCCCAUAUACACUUUUGAAAGGACUACCAAAUUGAAAAAAGCGGUUUUGUCUUGAGGGAAAAUUGGAAUGCCAAGUCAUCGAAUUAAAGGAAAAAUGGCAUCAAUAUCGGAAGAAGAUGAAGUUUCUUUUCGAGAAAAGGGUACCGACGGUUUACAUUCUUUCAUCCUUCAAAGGAAAGAAAAUUGGAAAUCAAAUCCGUUACGGAUUGCAGUGACCGGAAACUCGGGCGUUGGGAAAUCCAGUCUCAUAAAUGCUUUUCUUGGAUUAAAACCGAACGCUCCCGGUGCAGCUGCUGUCGGAAUAACUGAAACGACAAUGCAGGUAAAGGCAUAUCCGCAUCCCAAUAACGAAAACUUUGUCUUGUAUGACCUUCCCGGUGUUGGAACACAGCUAUUUCGUCGCAAGUGCUAUCUGAAGAAGGUUGACUUCAACAAGUACGACUUCUUUCUUAUAUUGUCGGCCACUCGUUUUACUGAGAACGAGGCGUGGUUAGCCCGUCGAGCAAAUGAGCAACAGAAGAAAUUCUUCUUUGUGAGAACAAAAAUCGAUAUUGAUAUGGAAAACGAAAAAGACGAUUCUGGGGAAAACUUCAACCAAGAAAAAAGCCUGCAGAAUAUUAAAGAAGAUGUGGAACGCAAUCUUCAAGGUUUGAACGCAAACGUGUAUCUGAUAACAACUAGACUUUGCCGAAUAAACCAGUUUGAAUGUACACGCUUGAUCGAUGACCUUACCGAGUCAACUCCACAGCUAAAGACGGAAGCAUUGGUACUGCAUUUAUCAACUCUUACAGAAAGCGUCCUGUUAGAAAAAACUAAACUUCUUAGUAGAAGAUCAGGUCUGCUUACAGAUACUAUUGAGGCGUUAGCACCAGUUCAUUCUUGUAGAGAAAGUAUUGCUGUGAAUGAUUCUUAUUUAGAGUUGGAGGCUAGCUUUUACAGACAGCAAUUGCAUCUUGAUAGCAACUCCCUUGGAAAUAUGAGAAGGACAUACGGUUUGGACACAGAAAAAUUGAAUUUGAAAUCUCGUAAAAUAAAUUUCAAUACACAAGGAAUCCUGGAUGCCUGUUGUCCGACAGAACUUAGGGAGAAGGAGAGGGGUUUUCUCAAAGGGCUAACACGUACUGUAGUUAAUGUGCUGUUGCCAUCGAUUGCAACCAAUAAGCGUUUAAAGCGUUUUGAUGCAACACUGCAGAACUUGUUGAACAUACUUAGAACUGACGCCAUGGAAGUAAAUAAGGCAAUAAUAGCCGAGAUUCUUGGUACAUAGGUCGUCUUUUACCUCAUUUGGUUUGGCUUAGUAACUUAAUUUUAUUUUAUUUUUAAUAGGUUACUAGGAGAUACAGUAAAUCACAUAUUUUCCGCGAGAACAUUUGUUUGGCUGUUGAAUGGAGCAUGUCUGUUACGUUUAAUGCUUCUAUUCGAAAUUUCGGCUUGGUAGUCGAUUGCUGUAAUACUGUCCUGGAGUUAUAAGUACCAAUUUCUAUUUCUAUUUAAAUUAAACCUUUGAUUGUUGUUUUUUA